AUGCUCACAGUCUCCUCUUUGGACCUCGAAAAGGUCCAGCUCAUCCUAAAACUAAAGCAUGUUGUCAAUGACAAUGAGCUCGAGGCUGUGCCUCCAGUUCCUAUUCCCUCACAGCCUGGCGAAAUACCUCGUACCUAUACCUUCAUCCUCCUCCUUCUUGCUCGCGAUGUCGUUCUAUCUCGUCUCCCUGAUGCUGUCCAGUUCCUCAGCAUCAAGACUGAGACAACAUGGAGAUACGGCCCUGUGAGUUGGGAUAGAAAGAAACGCACAUUGGUCGGAAAGCCGGACUAUGGGAUCUGGUACGGCGAUAGGAAGAACCUGGCGUUGAAUACCGUUGUGGUUGAAGCUAAAUCUGGGGAAAUGCAAAUGAGCUUAGCCCAAACCCUAGCCUGUAUGGCCUUCGUGCAUAAGCGUCGACAGAAAUUGAAGAACAAGGACUCCACGAUCUACGGGUUAGUAUCCGAUGAUCAAGUUUUCUGGUUUUUGAAAAUUUCCCACGACUCCAAUUGGAGCGAGCGUGUUAUCAUCGCCCGUCAUCAGGACCAUGAAAAGGUCCUAGGUAUGCUGGUCUACUUCUUCCAGAAGGCCGCGGCCAUGUCUCCCCACUCAAAAGAGUCUGAACAUAUUCAUGUCCAAGAGGGGCAUGUUCAAGAGGAACCUGAAAUUGUGGAGAUCCAGGACUCAUGGGAUAUGUGUUCUAUCGACUAA